UUUCUUCUUUAAUAAAGAGAUGCCCUUGCUUGUCGGAUCCAACUCCCUUUUUUGACACAUAUCAGAGACUCAUUAAUAGAACUCUGCAAUUCAGAAGUGCAAUUUACAAUAUAACAGAUAUGAGGAUGCUUCUGCAAGUGCUAGUAUCAGUUCAUCUCAUCACAAUCAUCAUCUCUUUCGUAUUUAUAGCACAGGAAGCAGGCGCAUCUAUGACCAAGCCUGGGUGCCCAGAGAAAUGUGGGAAUAUUACCAUUCCAUAUCCAUUUGGCAUGGGGAAAGGUUGUUACCUGAAUAGAAAUUUUGAGAUCACAUGCAACAUGUCCUCCAAUCCCCCUCGUCCUCUUCUCCUCCAAGAAGUUCAACUUUUGCAGAUAUCAGAAGACUAUCUGCGCAUCAACGAUAUUGUUCACCAUAGCUGUUUUAAUAAGCAAUCAGGGAAGACUAAUUCAUCACAUGUACCAUAUAACAGAACUCAUCAUUUCAGUUACUCACACACCCAGAAUGAGUUCAUAGCCAUCGGGUGUGACAUAUUUGCUUAUAUCACUGAGGACAACAGUAAAACAAACGCAACUGGGUGUGCAUCGCUUUGUAAUACUGAUGAAGACAUCGCUACUGAUUUUUCCUCUUCUGCUUGCUCUGGCAUUGGUUGCUGCAGGACUUAUCUCCAAACAGAUAUUUCACGGUUUUAUCUGAAGAUGCGUAGCAUCAACAUGAUCACACCAAUCUGGACCUCUCAACCAUGUGGCCUUGCUUUCAUUUCUGAGAGGAACUUCUCCAUACGUCAAUAUUUUAACCUCUCUAGUAAAUUUUUAGAGAGGAAUUUGUAUUUUGUUCCAGCAGUACUUGACUGGUCAGUUGGGGACGUCUCUUGCCCUGAGGCUAUCAGAAGAAAAAACUAUGCGUGUGGCCAGAAUACGUGA